AUGGCUGUCGACUGGUCUACGGAUAUUCCUCGAGAUCUUGUUCUCUGUUUCGCCAAUCGGUUGAUGGUUUCAUUGGAGGAUUUUAUUGCUUUCGGUGCAGUUUGCAAAUCAUGGAGUUCAGCGGCGAUGGAGGUAAAGGAAAACUACCUUGCUAGUAUUAGUACUAGUACCAGUACUAGCACUGGAUUGAGAUUAUUAGCAUAUCAAGUUCCUCUCCUAAUGCUACCGGUAAGACUUACCCUUCCACGGGGUGUUGCAGGCGGCGACGUGACGGUUGAAUUUUACAGUCUGACUGCAAAAGGUAAUAAGAUUUACAGAAGUAAAUUACUAGAUGCUAAAGGUAAAAUGUGCUAUUCUUCUUUAGGAUGGCUGGUCACUGUAUCUAAAGACUUGGAAUUCAAACUGUUACAUCCCUUCAAACAUGCCAUGAACAUUCAACUCCCAGAUGGACGAACUAAAGAUAUAGGCAAGUUUGUCUUAUCGUCGAGUCCUUCUUGGACAUCGGAUUACGUAGUCAUGUUUUAUACUUCUACUACUUUGGCAUACUGCAGACCAGGACUAGGUGAAAAUUGGACGGAGCUAUCAUUCCAAAUGGUCGACAAUAUUAAUAUUAUCAGUGAUCUGACUUACUAUCGGGGACAAUUUUAUGUGGUGGACUGUUGUGGCCGUGUUCUAGUCGUUUGUGAUAUUGACGACCCUAAUCGAGCAAAACUGAAGGUUGUUGCUCCAGAGAUAAAUCAAAAGGAACUACUUGGUACUAGGAGGCACAUUAAACAACUGUACUUGGCGGAAUGCGCGGGAGCUCUAUUGCUUGUUUUUUGUCUCUUCUCCAAUAAGUAUGAAUCCACUACCGCCUGUAGGGUUUUCGAGGUCCCAUUUAAUAACGGCAAAUCAUGGAACGACUCUGAGGUCAAGGAUUUGGGGAAUAGAGCAAUCUUCUUGAGUCAAAGUAGUUCUUCCUUCUGUAUUGAAGUCACUGAUUAUUCCGGAUGUAAAGCCAAUUGCAUAUACUUCAUGAACAAUAUGUUAGUCUCUUCAGUGCUAAACAUUGAUAUGGGUAUUUAUAAUAUGAGCAACGCGUCAAUCGACCGAGAAUUUGGCAAAUCCUUCAAUUAUGAUUUUAAAGAUAAGAGUGGAUCGCAUUUAUGGAUUCAACCGAGUUUUGAAUAG